AGACGUGGCGUACCCGCGGCUCGUGGACUCCGCGCGCUCCCAGCGCCGCGUCCCGCCCGGAUACCCUGCCGGCCUCGGAGUGGGGGCCCCACAUCCCCACGCUAGUCUCCCGACCCUGAAGGCCCUGCCUCGCGGCCCUCGGCCCGCAGUCGUCCCGCCGGACCUCUCGCGGGACCCCCACCGCCGCCGCCGGCCGCGCCCGCCGCGCUCCCGCCCGGAAGCGCGGACUUCCGCCGCACGGUUCCGCGGGUGUCCACGCCGCCAUGCCCUCUCUCGGGGACCUGCUGCGGGAAUGGGACCGGGGCGCGCAGGCCGUAGCGCGCGGGGACUGGGACUGUGCCCUGCGCCUCUUCUCGGGCUACCCGGAGCCGUCCGCCAGGAUGUGCUUCAACGUGGGCUGCGUGCACCUGUUGGCCGGGGACCCGGAGGCCGCGCUGCGGGCAUUUGACCAAGCAGUGACCAAGGACACUUGCAUGGCUGUGGGCUUCUUCCAGCGAGGAGUGGCCAGCUUCCAGCUGGAGAGGUUCCAGGAGGCCCUGUGUGACUUCCGUCUGGCCCUGGCACAGCUGAGGGAUAACACCGCCAUUGACUAUACACAGCUGGGCCUGCGGUUCAAGCUGCAUGCCUGGGAGGUGCUCUUCAACUUGGGGGCUGCACAGUGCCGCCUGGGUCUCUGGGCUGAGGCCACCCGCAGCUUAGAGGAAGCCCUCUCCAAGGGAUCAGAAGGGGCCCGAGACCACCUGUGCACUGCCCUGGACCAAGUGCAGAAACAGGUGCACCUGCAGCCUCGGCAGGGCCCCAGGGGUGAGGUCUUCCGGCCCCACAAGUGGCACCUGGAGCUCCUGGAACCAGUGGAUUUCCUGGGCAAGGCCAAGGUGGUAUCCUCUGCCUUCCCUGCCGACCGGCAGGAGGACAUCCAGCCUCAGCAGCCCCAGGUUCAGGGUGCAGAUGGCAGAGCCAGGCCUGGAGCCGCCCCACGGGCUGCAGUCACCGGGGCCUGGAAAACCCACACCGCCUGUGGUCCCAGGAGGCCCCCCGAGACAGAGACACAGGUCGGCCCCGGGCAGGCGGGGCAGGCUGACCACCAUGCGCCCGUCCUCUCCGAUGAACAGAGGCCCAGUGUGGAACAAGUUGGCAAACAGGUUCCUCCAGGGCUGCGGGUGGCAGGGGAGCCAGACCCCCGCCCUUCUGAAGACCCCUCUCAUGCUGGGGGAGUGGCCGUGGGGGACCCUGAGUCCUUGGUGACCCUCAUAGUGCAGUGUGCCUUCACACUGGCCCUGAAGGUCCCAAGAGGAGCUGACCUGUGCAGCCUGCGGACCCUGCUGAGCCAGGCCCUCCCCGACCAGGCCCAGCACGGGCAGCUCAGUUACCAAGACCCCAGCAACGAGGGGCGCUGGGUCCCCCUUGCUAGGGAGGAGGUGCUACAGAGGGCCUGGCGGGACAAGGCGGCCAGCCCUGGGGUCCUGCGGCUCCAGUGCCGGGUGAGCCCCAGGAGAGCCCGGUGUGGGUCCCGGUGCGUGCGGGGUGGGGGAGGCCCUGGGGCCCUUCUGCAGCCGGCCCACCCUGGAGCCCUCCCCUGCCACAGGGAGCGGGCGGCCGGCCUGUCCUCUACCAGGUGGUGGCCCGGCACAGCUACUCUGCCCAGGGGCCUGAGGACCUGGACUUACAGCGGGGGGACAUCGUGGACGUCCUGUGUGAAGGUCAGCGGGGCGCUGGGGCCAAAGGGGUUUCUGUGAGCAGAUACUAUCUGAUGUGCCCUAAGGAACACUGACAUCUCCUCGCGUGCAGUGGACCCGGCCUGGUUGGAGGGCCGCUGUGAUGGCCGCAUCGGCAUUUUCCCCAAGUGCUUCGUGGUCCCAGCUGGACAGUACAUGUGAGGAGCCCAACACCCCCACCUGGAGCCCCACAUACCCCAAGCCCAGUGAGGAAAUCAGCCCUAGGAAGUCCCGUGGCAAGAACGGUUUUAAUAAAGCAAUCUUCCCCCCA